UAUUUUUUAUUUAUUUAGAAAGGCAUUCCAAAUACAUAAUAUAGUUUUUGCUACAUUUUGUAAGCAUGGAAGAUUUAACUAUAGACGACUUGGAUAACAUUUCCACUGGUUCAGACGAUCAUGUGCAAAUAACGCCAGCAGAAGUAAUAGAAAUGAUGGAAGAAGCUUGGACAAACGAAAAAUUCGCCCCAGAAAUACUACCCAAUAAAUCAGAGAUUGUCGACAUUAUUUUAGACCAAAUAACGACAAUGGAAGAAAAUAUAAAGAAAUUAAGUAGCUCGGAUUUUACAAAGAGCAUUUAUCAAUUAGAAGUAGAUCGACUUAGGUUUCUCGUUUCUAGCUAUUUGAGAACAAGAUUAGAGAAAAUAGAAACGUACGUUAUUCAUAUAUUAAAGGAAGAGGAGAAAAGGGUUGAAAGGGGGAGCGAGAAGUAUUUGACUGAGCAGGAAUUUGAAUUUGCCAAAGAAUUUUCAUUCACUAUGGAACAAUAUUUCGACAAAAUGAUGAGGUUUUAUCCUGGUGUACCUGCGGACACAUGGUCAAAUAAAAUUAUUCAACCGAAUAACAACACGUUCGUCUUCUUAAAAUCCAAAAAAAGAAUCGAAGGUGUGCCCAUCGAUGAAGGAAAUGCCGAAAGUGAUUUAGUUGAUAUUCAGGAUGGAUCUAGAGUAAUUAUUUCUUAUAAUAGUGUAGCAGAAUUGGUCAAAAAUGGUGAUGUUCAUUUAAUAUGAGGUUUUUGUUAAUAAGUAGGUAAUUUUUUCUGUACAACAACUAUUCUGCCCUGCUAAGACAAAAUAAUAAAUAUUUUUAGAAAGUGUACAUAAUUACGUUCUUUUAGACCUUGUAAAGUAAGUUUUGCAGUUUUGACUAACCUUUUUAUAUAGUUUGAAAUGUUUUCUAAUGCAAAUAGGU